AUGACUGAUGUAUUGUUCUCAUCUGGACAAGUGAUUCUAGUAAAGAAUGAAGCACUUGAAGACUGGUUUCCUAGCACUCCGUUAACAACUGUAGGGGUAGUAAAUUCCGUAAGUGAGUGCGGGAUGCAGUGUAAAAUGGCCAGUUGUAUGUCCAUUGUCUACGAGACAGUUAACAAGAUCUGUCACCUCAACUACAGGCUCUCUCAGAGUAUCUCCGACUGUUCUUGGAAACCUAAUACCAUUCAAUAUGAAGUUGUCAGCGAAAUUAUCAAUGGAUACGAAUGUAGCGCAUUUACGGACACAUGUUGGAAGCUGCUCUCUCUAGCCACUUGGACGAAGGGCAAAAUAGAAUGUGCCUCCGAAGGUGCCAGUCUUCCUAGCAUUGACAGCAGUAUUGAACAGUCGGCUAUUCAACAGUACAUGGCAGUCAGAGGUCUUGACCGUAUCUGGCUGGGAAUAAACGACCUGGAUCUGGAGGGUGAUUGGCGAACCGAAUAUGGAGAAAGUCUAUCUGCUUACUCAAACUUUGCUUCUGGUCAACCCGACAAUUACCUUUCACAAAACUGUGGAAGUAUUACAACGAGUUUUAAUUAUAUGUGGGAUGACGCGUCAUGCAGCCUUCUUUUCAAUGUCGUAUGUGAGAUAAGAAAAAUCGAAUUGGUUUAGACCAAUUAAGUACU